AUGAGCGAUCGGACUUUCCUCUUUCCAGUUGAUGAUAAAAAGAGUACAGAGAAGGCCUUUCUUUGGUUCAUUAAUACCUUCGCGCAAUCCAGAGAUGUGAUCAUUGUCAUGCAUGUCAUCAAACCAAUUGGUGAUAUUGUGGAGGAAUUAGGUUACUCAGUAUUCUCCACUUAUCCAGUCCCAUCCAGAGGUCUCGCUAUGGACAAUCGUAUAGCUGCAGCGAGAAAAAUCUGCUCUACCUAUCUCGAACACGCCCACGUACGAGGUCUAACGGGGGUUCGAGGAUCAAUAUCCACACAUAUGAGAGUGGAGGAAGCGAUUUUGAAUUCAGCGAUUGCUAACAAAGCAACCACAAUCGUAAUUUCGACACGUGGUCUCGGACGCUGGCGUUUAUUUAUGGGUAAUAGCGUCAGUGGAUAUGUUUCCAAGCAUUCGGGCAUCCCCGUAAUAAUCAUACCACCAUGUAAUGAACCUAGACGAAAGAGUCAGAUAUGA